AUGAAUUUUAGUUCUCUCAACCUGGCUCUUGCCAGCUGUGUUCUCGCAUGGGUAUGCCUGGCAUCCGCAUCAUCUCACGUCGCAUCUCACAUUGUACCUCGUCAAGCAGGAUCAGCAAUAUAUGGUGUGAAUAUCGGCGGGUGGCUAUUGCUGGAGCCAUGGAUCUCGCCCUCCGUCUUCGAAGCAGGCGGGAGCAGCUCCGUCGAUGAAUACACCCUGAGCAAGAAUCUCGGCAGAGAUGCUAAAAGGCACCUUUCGAAACAUUGGGACACCUUUAUCACUGAAGAUGAUUUCAAGAACAUUGCUGCGGCGGGGUUAAACCAUGUCAGGAUCCCGAUCGGGUACUGGGCAGUAAAUCCUAUAGAGGGAGAGCCAUAUGUACAAGGUCAACUCGACUAUUUGGACAAGGCGCUUGUCUGGGCCAAAAACUCAAAUCUGAGGGUCGUCAUCGAUCUCCAUGGUGUCCCGGGUUCUCAAAACGGCUUCGACAACAGCGGUCACCGUGGCGCCGUCAACUGGCAAAAGGGUGACACGAUCAGACAAACCCUGAUCGCCAUCCAUACUCUCGCAAUCCGUUACGCCAAUCGUACCGACGUCGUUGACUCCAUAGAAUUGGUCAACAAACCCUCCAUACCAGGAGGCGUGCAGGUGUCCCUACUGAAGGAAUAUUAUGAGGAUGGAUAUCACAUCGUUCGUGAUAUAGACAGCACCGUUGGCGUCUCAAUUUCGGAUGCUUCUCUGCCCCCGCGCACCUGGAAUGGCUUUUUGGCGCCCAAGACAUACAAGAACGUCUACCUCGACACAUACCACAACCAAGUCUUCGAUGAUAUCUUUAGGACCUUCACCAUUGACCAGCACGUGAAGCUUGCAUGCUCGCUUCCUCAUGACAGACUUAGAGGAGCCGAUAAGCCGUUGAUUGUGAAAGAGUGGAGCGGUGCCAUGACUGACUGCGCCAUGUAUCUAAAUGGGCGUGGCAUAGGUUCGCGAUUUGAUGGUUCGUUCCCUAGCGGCAAACCAUCUGGCGCUUGUGGUGCGAGGUCUAAGGGCUCCUCUUCCGAAUUGUCCGCUCAGCAGAAAAAAGAUACUCUCCGGUAUAUUGAGGCACAGCUUGAUGCUUUCGAGGUCGGGGCUGGAUGGUACUUCUGGACAUGGAAGACGGAGGGGGCGCCGGGAUGGGAUAUGCAGGACCUUUUGAACCAGAAGCUGUUUCCGCAGCCGAUUUGGGCUAGGAAGUAUGGUGGAUGCAGGUGA